GCCGUGUUUUAUGUAUUUUAAGUGACUGCAAAGAAAACUAUGAUAAUGAGAGUGUAUGAAACCAUAAAUCUGCCUUUUGGAUAUGAAUGUUUUGAGUGUGGUGAGACUGGAUAAAUAUUACCAUAUUUCUAUUUCAGUUGUGUGGCUGUGAAUACGGUCAUCACAAUGACACAGAGAAAUUAGGCAUAGCAGCCUUUAGAUACACAGACAAUACUUGUUAGUGGGAGAUUAUAUGAAAUAUAAUAUGAAAUGUAGCCUACAUAAUAAGAUUCAAAACACAAUCUCAGGUAUUUUUUGUAUUUCUUUGUUUUUUUAUUGGCAUAAUAUUCCAAAACAAAUUUUCUCCAUAAUUUUUUUGGAAGUGCAAGUUAAAAAUAUAAACGUUAUAUUGUUUUUUUAUUGAGCCUUUUUUUGAGAAGAAAGAGUUUCUAUUAUUUAUUUGGCUCCUCCUCUUUUUCUUUCUUUCUUUCUUUUUCUUUUUUUACGUUAAAUACGUAACAGAUUACACGUCACACUACGUCAGAGGUCGAAGUUGAGAGGUGACGUAGAGGGCUCGUGGUUGGAAGGUUCGCGGGAAACGUCUCAAAACAAAUUAGUUCUGAUGGGCACACGAGCGACUUCAGGCACCGUUUGAACUUUAACCGAUCCAAGUUAACGUUUUCUUCAAACGCGGUAGUAUAACGUAAAUUGUCCGCCGGUAGCGAGUUUAUCUUACCCUGAAACUGAACGACCUAACCAGCUACUGUAGCUCCAAGCUAACACAACACUGUAAGCGGGCGCUAAUCGGGUAGCUUAGCACCAACGGACGGUUCGGUUAACGGUGAAUACGCGGUGAACAGGGGUUGAGGACUCAGUAAACAGUGCGUGAAAUGGCAGAGAGGCCAGAAGACCUGAACCUACCCAACGCGGUGAUCACCCGCAUCAUCAAGGAGGCGCUCCCAGAUGGGGUGAAUGUGUCGAAAGAAGCAAGGAGAGCCAUAUCCCAAGCUGCCAGCGUGUUUGUAUUGUAUGCAACCUCCUGUGCAAAUAAUUUUGCCAUGAAAGCCAAGAGAAAAACUCUGAACGCAGGAGACGUCUUGGCUGCGAUGGAGGAAAUGGAGUUUGAACGAUUCCUGGAGCCUCUCAGAGAAGCUUUGGAAGUGUAUAAGAAAGGCCAGAAAGGAAAGAAGGAGGUGUCGGAGCAGAAGCGCAAAGAUAAAGAGAAGAAGACCGACUCUGAGAAUGAUAAGAGCAGGGAGGAGGAAGAGGAGGAAGAGGAGCGCAUGGAGGAGGAGCCUGAAGCCGAGGAAGAGGAGGAGGUGGAAAACUGAGGACGUUUCACCACACACCUCCGGUGACACAAACGAUGAAAUGCUCUUCAUCAGCUCCUCUGAGGUUAUCACUGUCUGGACACGACGCAUUUAAGUGACGCUUGUUCGUCAUCCAGCAGCUGUGAAUCAAUAAGAUCCAGGUUACAGUGCAGCAACACUGAUGAACUCAAAGGAGGUGAGGUUACAGUCCAGGUCUUUGUGGCGGUGCAGCUUCUGUCUUCCAACCAAACGCACAACAAACAUCCAACACAAAGACAACACACAUCUAACAUCACACUCACACCUCACUAACUUAGUCUUGGUCCAUUUUGUAUUUUAAUCAUUUUUUCUAUAAACCUGACUCAUGUUUUGAUACCAAUGCUGUUUGGUUUCUUCUAUAACAGGAUUUUUUUGACAAUAAGCAACAUGCAGCAGUUCAGAAAGUGACUGAUUCUGUCUUUAUUGAACCAAUACAAUCUGGCAAAUAAGCUUUUCAUUCAGUUAACCACUGGAGGGGGUGAGAACAUAGGCAGUAACUUGAUCGGUUAUGAACAGGCGUCUGAAAUGUCUGAGCACUGUUACAAUGCCUGUGAUACUUUUCAAAAGGAGAAAUAUCAAUAUGUUUUUCUACAAAAAACCCUUUAUUAAUUUAUCAAGAGAUAAAGUUCUCUAAAGUAAACAUGUAACUGCACAAGAACCUUUACUGAAUAAAAUGUUUAAAGUCUCAUCAUUGAAUAAGUUAACAAAAAAAUAAAAGUCCUGACAUUUGCUGUCAGGUUUUGGUACCAAAUCACAACCUAGUUUUUUAUUUUUCACACAUGCUGUUUGACAAAAUAUACUGAAGCAGCUUCAUUUGAAAAAUCCUGUUUUGCAUUUGUCAGGUGAGAAAGAUUUGAAAUGUGUUUAUAAGACAGAACUACAUCACUUCAUACCCAGUACAAAUAGCUGCACCAGUGUGAAUAGGUCCUUUUUGUUCCCUAACUGCUGAGUUUUUGAACCAUUUAUACUUUUGUAGAAUUGUAUAUGACUGGCUGAGAUUUUCAAUAAAUAUUUUGUAUAAAAUCAAACCUGUGCUGAAUCAUAACUGGCUGUAGAUGAAGGCAAAAACCCUGCACACUGUUAUCCAAGCUGAAGUUCAACUUAGCCAUUUAAUUUGUAUUCAAUUUAUACUUAUGUAACAUUUCACUUUAGUGUUUGUCUAAUUCUGUUCAUUAUCUCCCAAACUGAAUCUGGGUUUGAUUUUGACUUUAAGGACUCACUCAUCUGAACAGUUUCUGUAGUUAAGUCUAAUUUAAGGUACAUAAAAUGUAAUUUAAUGCAACUCGGAUCAGGUGUCUCCAAAAUAUAUAAAGUAGCACAAAACUUAUUAAAGUUCAAAUACCUCAA